CCCCAUUCCCCGUUGUAAGGUGGAGGGUGGGUCGGGAGAGGGUUAAAUACCCUCUCCCCCAUACACCCCAUCAUAAUUUCCCUGCCCCUCUGCAAUUUGUGUCUGUGAGAGGGGAGGGGGAAUGAUAUACUUUAGCAAUGGAAGGUUUAAAGUAAUAGAGUUGGUUCCUAGAGAGGAGAGACAGACUGCACUGAAGAAAAUGGCUGAACAACAUAUACAGGCCUUAACCCGACCAUAAGAGCAACACAAUGCAUUAUCUACAUCUAGGGAAACUGAGCAACUAUUACACUGGUGCAGAAAUCUAGUAGGCUGGAUGGAGCGAUCCACCACCCCUCUGCCAACUGGAAUUGAUGGCUGGUCCACUUAAGAAUUCAACCUAACAGUGCUGGGCAAUUUUUCAUUCACCAGGACACAGGCCAGUGGCACUCAAGGGCCUUUAAGGGUUACUUCUGCUCAUCAUAGCAGCUACCACUGAAUUUUGCCUGUAUUAUCUUUGCUGCUGCAUGGAACAAUGCAUGACCGAGACCUUGAAUCUUACACCAGAGUCUGGAGUAGUUCCAGUCCAGGAGUAAAUGGAUUACAGUGGAAUGGACUUGCUCCCAAAGAAGUACCAAGGAUUGCAGCCUGAUUUUCAGACUGACCGUGAAUUUAUUUGUAGAUCUCUCGUUUCUGGGCAACAAAUGAAGAGGCAGCCAAAAGUUUCCUAGUUAUUUAUAGAUGCACCAAACUCAAAGCAAGUCACCAGCUAGGCUCUGUGGAAACUGAGGAAUGCAAUUCUGCCACCAUGAUGGAAGGAUUGAAAAAACGUACAAGGAAGGCCUUUGGAAUACGGAAGAAAGAAAAGGACACUGAUUCCACAGGAUCCCCAGACAGGGAUGGAACUCCACCCAGCCCUCAUCCUCAUGAUCCACCCUCCAAUAACAAAGCAGAGUGUGCACAGGAAGGAGGAAAAUCAGUUUCGAAGAGAACCAAUGGUGCUCCAAAUGGGUUUUAUUCAGAGAUUGACUGGGAAAGAUAUAAUUCACCUGAGCUUGAUGAAGAAGGAUACAGCAUCAGACCAGACGAACCAGGCUCUACCAAAGGAAAGCACUUUUAUUCCUCAAGUGAAUCUGAAGAAGAAGAGGAGGCACACAAGAAAUUCAACAUUAAGAUUAAGCCCUUGCAGUCUAAAGAUGUUCUUAAGAGUGCGGCAACCGUUGAUGAACUGAAAGCCUCUAUAGGCAACAUUGCACUUUCGCCAUCUCUAGUGAGGAAAAGUCCGAGGCGCAGCCCGGGUUCAAUUAAAAGGAAUUUAUCUAGUGAAGAGAUAGCAAGGCCCAGGCGUUCAACACCUACUCCAGAGCUUCUAAGCAAAAAAGCCCCGGAAGAUCCUGCAGUACUAGCGCCACUAUUUGGUCCACCUCUGGAGUCUGCAUUUGAAGAAGAGAAGUUAGAAGCUCCCAUAGAUCACUCUGAGGUCUGGGGUUCUGUGCAGCCAGCAAGUCCAAGUGUAGAAUCACCGAAUUCAUCACGACCUUUUCCAUCUGGAACACCUCCACCUCUUCCACCUAAGAAUAUUCCAGCUACACCUCCCCGCACUGGUUCUCCUUUAACAGUUGGAGUAGGAAAUGACCAGACAGCAACAGAGGUCAAAAGUGACAAACUACCAUCAAUCAAUGACUUGGAUACCAUUUUUGGCCCAGUAUUAUCCCCCAAGUCUGUUGCUGCUGACGCGGAGGAUAAGUGGAUCAGUUUUUCUGAUCAGUCCCCGGAAAACGUAACUCCAGAGGUGACUUCACGGGAGAAGGUGGUGUCCCCACCUGUGGCAUCAGAAACCCCAGAUGAGCCUCCAGAGGCUGAAACCUCUCGCAGUGUUCCAUCUCCACUCAAUUUAGAAGAGGUUCAGAAGAAAGUUUCUGAGCAGACCCACGUUAAAGAUGAUAACUUAGCACCAGCAGCAUCUCCUAAAGAUUUUGGGGUGGGACAGAGAGCAACGCCACCUCCCCCUCCACCGCCUACCUACAGAACAGUGGUGUCAUCACCCGGACCCAGCUCUGGCGGUGGCACAGGAAGCACCAGUGGUUCAUCAUCUCCUGCUCGACCUGCAACCCCGUUGGCAUCCUGCAGCAGCCCUACUCCCCCGCCUCCUCCACCUAGACCCCCAUCUCGUCCAAAAUUACCUCCCGGGAAGCCUGGAGUUGAUGUGUCCAGACCUUUUAGCCCUCCGGUUCACUCAUCCAGCCCUCCUCCGAUAGCACCUUUAGCACGUGCUGAAAGCACCUCUUCCAUAUCGUCCACCAAUUCCUUGAGUGCAGCUACUACUCCAACAAUUGAAGAUGAUGCUUAUGUUGACAAACUGCUCACGUUUGAAAGGCAUUGUGAAACUCCUGCAGAGAAUGAACAGCCUUCCCUCGUCUGGUUUGACAGAGGAAAGUUUUAUUUGACUUUUGAAGGCUCUUCUAGAGGACCCAGCCCCUUAACCAUGGGUGCGCAAGACACUCUUCCCGUAGCUGCAGCUUUCACUGAAACAGUUAAUGCAUACUUCAAAGGAGCAGAUCCUAACAAAUGCAUAGUGAAGAUUACUGGAGAGAUGGUGCUGUCGUUUCCUGCAGGAAUUACUAGACAUUUUGCCAAUAAUCCCGCCCCUGCUGUUCUAACAUUCCGUGUAACAAAUUACAACAGGUUAGAACACGUCUUGCCAAACCCCCAACUGCUUUGCUGUGACAGUACACAAGCUGAUGCCAACGCAAAGGAAUUCUGGGUAAACAUGCCAAAUUUGAUGACUCAUUUAAAGAAAGUAUCUGAACAGAAACCACAAGCAACGUAUUAUAAUGUGGAUAUGCUUAAAUAUCAGGUAUCAGCCCAGGGUAUUCAGUCUACUCCAUUGAACCUUGCAGUGAACUGGCGGUGUGAGCCUACAAGCACCGAUCUACGCAUUGACUACAAAUAUAAUCUAGAGGCAAUGACUACACCAGUAGCUUUAAACAAUGUGCAGUUCCUUGUUCCCAUAGAUGGAGGAGUGACAAAACUUCAAGCUGUGCUUCCACCUGCUAUUUGGAAUGCUGAACAGCAAAAGAUAUUGUGGAGGAUUCCUGAUAUUUCACAGAAAUCAGAGAAUGGAGGUGUGGGCUCUUUGCUGGCACGAUUCCAGUUAUCCGAGGGACCAAGCAAACCUUCCCCCCUGGUUGUGCAAUUCACCAGCGAAGGGACCACUCUGUCCAGUUGCGAUAUUGAACUUGUUGGAGCCGGGUAUCGUUUUUCACUUAUUAAAAAGAGGUUUGCAGCAGGAAAAUACCUGGCAGAUAACUAACAGAAGUUUAUGCAAGUAUGUGGAAAAUCCAUAUAGCUGAGGACUGCUGUGGGUGAACGGGUUUUAUACGCUGUUUGAGGAAAAACUAAAUCCUGUACUUGGGACAUUUCUGUUGGAAGUGUCAGCAACUUUCAACAUUUUCCCUCAGAAAAUGCCAUGUUGACCAGUCCUACAGUAUUUACUUCUAGAUGUAAUAUUGUUAAUGUUUUAAAUUGUAAUUAUUGUAUUUGUAAAUUGUACUCAUUCCAGUAAGGCUGUAUUUUGGCAGUUAGACACUUGAGUUUUAGCAUUUUACCAUUCAUGAAAUGGGUGUAAUUUAAACUGUGGUAUAUAAAUUUAAUAGUAGUACUGUUGAAUGGCGCAAUGCUUUCAGAGGUAGAUAACAUUUUGUCAAUAUAUACAAUCUGAAUACCAUGCUAAUUGCUGUGAGAAAGGGGGUGCCUCAAAAAAGAAAGUUUAACUAAAGACCUGCAAAUUCACUCCGUUUUUUCUUUAGCCCUUAGUAUGUCAUAUAAAUAGUUAUAUGAAUGAACAGGUCUAUCUUCCUAGUAUUUGAUUGAUUUCACUCCAGAACAUUUUUAGUAAAUGUGGUGGUGGUUAUAGCAUACUUCCCCCAACUACAGAAAUGUAUCUCCAGCCACCCCACCCACCCACCCACCCACUUUUUCAUUGUAAAAACAAGUUGAUUUUUUUUAAAAGGUCUGGAUAUAAGUUAUUGGAUACACUUCCAUUAUGAUGAAGCAUGUGUUGGAAAAGCUUUCAGUUCCUUCCCCUUUGUCUGACAUGAUCAGAUGUGGCGGUAGGGGUCCGUCCACUAGAAACCUAUGCAAGCCCUAUUGAAUUGAAUGAAAGCACAGCCAGGCAGCGAAGCAGUUCCAGUUAUUUUCACUAAGUCUUGCACAGGAGAACCUUCUGGUGGGUUGGGCUCAAAUAAGCAGUUUAAAACACAAAUGUGAUAACUUUUGACAAAUACAUCUUUAUGUGGGUAUAAAAGAAAGAGACUGUGUUUUAUUUCAGCAACAGUUUUUCUUCCAGUUUGGUAGGCAUGCUUGUCUAUUUUUACAAUACCAUAUGCAUGCAGAUUCCUUGCUAAGAAAACUUCCUUUUCCUAGUCAGAUUCUAACGUACAAGUGAAGGGAGAAAGAGCUCGAAAGUAAUGUAUUCAUGUGUGUUUUAAUCUGUAAAGGUUUGUGUUGUGGCCUCAUAGUGAGAAACCGUAGCUGCACUAAGUUUGUGUGGCAGAAUUGGUAGCACAAUCAUUAAUCGUACUGGAUUCUCAGUUGCCCUGCAGAUAUUUAACUGCCAGCAUAUUCUGCUUUCUUCAAACAGAUGUUUGGGUUUCAAGCUUCUAAUCAGUUUUGAGGUAUUUUUUAACAUCCAUCGCAAAGGAGAGUGUAGCACUUUUUAAAGAACAAAACUGUCCGGUUCUCUCACGUUACUGAAAUGCUUGCUAGAUAUUUAUAGUGUUUUAGUUCUGCUGCAUUUGUUCAUUUGGCAGCUAAGCUUGCAGCCAGUACAGCAGGAGCUAAUGAGAGGGCUCACUGGAGUUGUGCAGAGGGUCAUGAGCCUAGUGGAUAGUAUCCAUGCUGCUUUUUUUUGUACACACAACUAGUAUUUUUUUACAUUGAGGUCUAAGUAGGUUGGCAUCCAACUGUCUCAUUUGCAUGCGAAAAUGGCUGUGCUUGAGGAACAGCUGUGUCUGCAUUAAAGCAAGCAAACAAAAUCAGAGGCUGUCCUGGUAGGAAAUCCGGUCAUAAAUUAUAUAUCCCUUUGGAAACAAGCAUGGGAAGUAUAUAUCUUAAAGUGGUAGAAGCUGAAAUUUCAUAUAUCAUCAGAAGGGAGAAAAUAACAGAGAAUUUCUUUUAAUAUGAAUCUUGGAUGAGAAACCUGAGGAGCUAAUUUUGAGGAAAAUACAACACACGGUAUAAAAAAUAUAACUACUUUUCUUUGGCCCCACUGGUUUCUCUGUAGCACUGAUGUUGAUUUUGUGAAUUGCUAGAACUCUGUGUGGCUUGAGGUGGAAAACAGUCUUAUAUUGUACUUUGUGUUCCUAAAAGUUGCCAUAUUA